AUGGAUUUUCAAAAUCCAUCUAUCGCUUUUGUUAUUCAGCGUCCUAGUUGCACUGGUAGAACGCUCUCAAAUUCUGGUAUGGCUGGCUCGAGUCUGGCUGGGCAGCAAAAGCGCGCUCGCUAUCCGGUUAUUGAUGACUCAGAUGCUGAUUGGACCACCGGUAGUGGCGCCAACUCUCGAUCCGUUGUUGGAUCUUGUGGUAGUGUGGCACGCCGUGGCCAAUCGUCAUCACAGACUUUCGUAGGCCAGGAUGAAGAGAUAAGGUCCACUUCUGCCGGCCUUGUGAUGCACAGAGUCGCCGAACAUCAUCUUGGUCAACCACCAGCACAACGGCGUAUGCAGCAACAGCAGUUGAAACAUGCAUAUCUACCACCACAUCCGGCCCCCUCGCAGCAAGCAACAUCAGGACAGACACAACUCCAGAAUCACCGUGGUCUCCAAGUACAACAACAGGUUAAAUUCCUUGUUUAUGUUUUGCAAACAUGA